UUUCUUUUCCUUUGUGGCCGAUAAACAAAACGAGAAGUCAAGUCAGCCUUUCCCUUCUAAAUAUUUCCACUCUCUCCACAAUCGAAGCGAGAGAGAUUAAAAGAGUGCCAUUUACUGACAGGCAUCGAUCCCCUUCCACAACCUCCAUGGAUCUUCUGAAACCAAACUCUGCAAAUUCUUCUCCUCUCACUCCAUUAGGGUUCCUUGAAAGAGCUGCUACUGUCUAUGGCAACUGCGCCUCCGUCGUCUACAACAACACCACCUUCACUUGGUCCCAAACCUACCAACGAUGCCUCCAAAUGGCUUCUGCUCUCUCUUCUCUCGGUAUCCAAAGAGGUCAAAUCGUCUCUGUAAUUGCUCCAAAUAUUCCGGCCAUGUAUGAGCUCCACUUCGCUGUUCCCAUGGCCGGAGCAAUUCUCAACACCAUCAAUACCCGUCUCGACGCUCGCACAAUCUCAAUCCUCCUCCGCCACAGCGAAUCGAAGCUUAUCUUCGUCGAUUUCCUCUGUCGUUCUCUCAUCCUCGAAGCCCUUUCUCUGUUUCCGCCCAAUACACGCCGCCCUGAUCUCUUCUUGAUUUCCGACGACUACGAAGAAGAAAACCCAUCUCUUACCGUCGAUUUGAACCGGACUUACGAGGGUUUACUAAAGACCGGCGAUCCUGGUUUCAAGUGGAUCCGGCCGGAAAAUGAUUGGGAUCCCAUGAUUCUCAACUACACUUCCGGUACUACGUCAGCUCCAAAAGGUGUGGUACACUGUCACCGUGGGAUCUUCAUCAUUUCCGUUGAUACGUUAAUCGACUGGUCCGUACCAAAACAGUCUACAUAUCUGUGGACCCUGCCGAUGUUCCACGCCAACGGCUGGAGUUUCCCUUGGGGUAUGGCUGCAGUUGGUGGGACCAAUAUCUGUCUCCGUAAAUUUGAUGCCACCACGAUCUACGCUGCAAUAAGGCGCCACGGUGUCACACACUUGUGUGGCGCACCUGUGGUGCUCAACAUGUUAGCAAAUGCUCCGGACCGGAAGCAGCUAGAAAACCCUGUCCAGGUAUUAACUGCCGGAGCUCCGCCUCCUGCGGCGGUUCUAUUCAGAACGGAAUCGCUUGGGUUCGUGGUGAGUCAUGGGUACGGGUUGACCGAGACAGGUGGAUUAGUCAUCUCAUGCGCGUGGAAACACGAGUGGAAUCGUUUUCCGGCGACGGAACAGGCGAGGCUGAAAUCUAGACAAGGGGUGAGAACUGUAGCCAUGGCUGAGGUGGCUGUAGUGGAUGAAGAGUCAGGGGUGAGUGUGAAAAGAGAUGGAUCGUCCCUCGGUGAGAUCGUUCUCCGAGGUGGCUGUAUCAUGCUUGGGUAUUUAAAAGACCCAAAAGGUACGGCCAAAGCCAUUAGAAACGGUUGGUUCUAUACCGGCGAUGUCGGAGUGAUUCACUCAGAUGGGUAUAUCGAGAUCAAGGAUAGAUCAAAGGAUGUGAUCAUAAGUGGCGGAGAGAAUUUGAGUAGUGUUGAGGUUGAAUCGGUGUUGUAUACUAAUCCUGCCAUUAACGAAGCUGCUGUGGUUGCUCGUCCGGACGAGUUCUGGGGUGAAACUCCUUGUGCUUUCGUGACCCUGAAAUCGCCGUUGUCGGAGAAGGAAAAACCGUCGGAGAAGGAGAUUAUUGAGUAUUGCCGAUCUAAGAUGCCACACUAUAUGGUUCCGAAAACGGUGGUUUUCACGGCGGAGCUACCAAAGACGUCGACUGGGAAGAUUCAGAAAUUUAUGCUAAGGGAUAUGGCAAAGGCUUUGGGUUCUUCUCGGGUGAGUCGGAUGUAGCCAUUUUAUAGUAACUCGGCCGGGUUGAACCCUUAGACAACCGAGUUAAGCGAUCUAUCAAUUCGAGAGUUACUAAAUGCUUAUCAUGAUCUGCUGUCUCUUCGAACUAUAUUGCGCCAUGUGUCUAUUUGUCUAUAGCAUUUGAUGAAUGGAUAAUAUCAGUUGAUAAUAUUAUAAUAUAUUAAUUGUUAUUGU